AUGGAACGUAAAAGCGAAGGGCAAAUUUUGGUGAAUGAAAUUAUCUCUCAGCUAAAAACUAAGGAGGAGUUCACAGCUAGAGGAGCACACAGUCCCAUUGGCUCUCGUCCAACCAGCGGUCGCGAUGGUGCCAGUCCUUCCUCUCUUGCCCAGGUACAACCGAGAGAGAAGAUAAAGGCGACGUUCGUGUUUCCAUUGGCUGAGAUAUACCAAUGUCCCGUAUGCAAAGACGUGCUCCGAUACCCCGUGCAGUUUGAAGAGUGCGGUCACAGAGUUUGUUCGUCAUGUUUUCCUUCGCUGCUGAGGGCUUACGUAGACAAGGCGUUUAAUCGGGAGAUUUUAGAACUUGAUGUGAAGUGUAACAAUCACGAAUGGGGCUGCAAAUGGGAGGGAGAAUUUCAAAAUGCUAAGGAACACCAAGAUGAAUGUGAGUUCGUGGACAUGCUGUGUUCUUAUGAAUGCGGGGCCAAAUUCCAGAAGAGGUUUUUCGAAAAGCAUGUUAACAAAGACUGUCCCAAGAAGAUCAUCAUCUGUCCUUACUGCGACGACCGGCAUCUCAGGGAGGAUAGAAAGGUUGGGCAUUGUCCAUGUGAAGAGUGUUUUAGCUACAUUGCUGUUGUUGCUGUUGUUACUGUUGUUGCUACAACGACAAUGACUACAAAAUUGACGUUGAUAACAAGGUCGACGACGAUGAUGACACUUGAUCGUCACGUUGCGGAAGAAUGUCCUAAGACAAAGGUAACCUGUGAAUACGAAGACAUUGGCUGCUCUCACAGAGUAAUCAAAUUUACUAUUAAUAGCAACCUUGAAAAUAAACAUUUUUUACGUUUUGUACAGUGCAGUCGAGAGAAACUGCCCAAACACCACAAGAGCGAUUUGAUUAAUCACGUGAGGUUGCUCUACGGAGUGGUCAUGGACCAGAAAACAGAACUGCAAGAUAUUAAGGCCAAGCUUAAAGAACAGACCGACACGAACCGUAAACAAGAACAGCGAAUCGAGGACUUGGAACGAAUCACCAACAGUCAGCUGGUAUGGAGAAUCGACGACUACCAACGGAAGUUUAAAGCGGCCAAGAGCGGGGAAAUGGACACGAUUUUUAGCCCGGAGUUCUAUACAAGCAGGAAUGGUUACCGGCUGAUGGCCUCCGCAUGUUUGAACGGGGAUGGUAAGGGAAAGGGCACGCAUCUAUCUGUGUUUAUCAGCGUGGUGCAAGGGAUAUACGACCCGCUCUUAACCUGGCCGUUCAGUUAUCGUACCACGUUUUAUCUUUUGGAUCAGAACGCAGACCUUGCCAAAAGAAAACACAUCACGUUUUCAGUAAAACCGAACGUCUGUCCUGAAAACGAGCCGUUUCUUGGUCGACCCAAGACCAACAAAAACCCCAGCUUUGGCUCUGGGAAAUUUGCUUCGUACGAGGACAUCGAAAACGGAGAGUACGUCAAAGACAACACUAUAUUUAUCAAAGUUUGCGUGGAAAAUGAUGGAAUGAGUGAACCUUGAUCUUCUUCCAGAGGAAGAAUGGAACUUUCUUACGUCGUUCUAUAACUCAGACGCAAGGGCUUCUGGGAUUGUUUGGGUAAUCUCUGAUAAGUUCAAAACGGUUGCGACAGCACCUCUCCCCACUCUCCUCGCAGCUCGGGCAAGCCUUGGAUCACUCUCCUUCAAAUAUAAAGAAAGAAUCAAGAAUUUUAAGAUCUCUCUCUCGCUGAAGGGGGUGUAUCUAAAUUUCAAUGGAAGUCAUCUGUUUUAACCUGAUCGAAAACUCGCUUGCGUAAGUGAUGGACUUUCUUCGAUCAUUGGCAUAAGAUUUACUCUAUGUUUUAAUUACAACGUUUCAAAUGCUAUUAACAAGUUGUCCCUCUUUCCAAAACGCUAUGUCAAUAAAAGAGAAAUUCAAGAUAAUUUAGAGUUUCCCUUUGAGGCAAGUGUAACGUGUAAUCCUACUGUACAAAAGAGUGACGAGCAUUCGAAUUCUCCUUACAAUAUUUAUAUAUCGUCAAGCAAGAGGUGAUGAGAAUAAACAAAAUGAUCAGUUAGGGAAACACUCUCAUGAUGUACCACCAGCAAUCAGGAAUUAAGGAAUGCUAAUUUAAGCUCCUUGCAUUUUUUUGGAAACCAUCUUGACAAGUUAUAAGAGCCCUGCCAUAAGUUACAUUGUUGUGUGUAAGUCGGGUGGCAAAUGUUUAUCCCAACAUGAAUUUUUACACUCUCAAACCUUAACUGAUUGUUACCGAAAGAUCGUUUCUUAAGAGAAUAUAACUAGUUCAUUUUCUUGAUAAAUACUGCAUUCUUAUCUCAAGAAUUCCAUACAUUACAUUUAGCUGAAAAGCAGUUUUCAAUUGAGUGUCGUAAAACCAAAACCAAAGUAAUCACUCUGGCCAAUUACAGAUAGGACACAGGAAAUCCAUUGAACCAGUCAAAGCUGGAAAAAAUGACAUGUAGCUGACGCAAAGCGCGGGAAAACGCGUGCGGGCGAGUCACGAUUGGUUUUGGUUUUACUUCUGAUGGGAUAAAAAAGAUGCGCAAGUUUUUUUAAGCCAAUCGUGUUGCGUAGCUGAUGCAGAACUAAUUACUUAUUAACACUCAAAUGAAAAACGCUCCAAUUAUACGGAUCAAAAUGUACACUGUAUUAAGACCAAGUUAGGAUAAAGAGUAAGAGAGUUAAUUCCCCAUAUAGACUUUAUUCCCAAAGUAAUUCCUCUCAAGUUAUUUUUAGAUCACUUCCGGUUUCGGAAAUCCCAAGAGGGUCUGGUAAUAGCCAAUCCUGGGAAGCGACUUUUGCUCACGUGGACAGUACGAGCGGCUUUCAUCAUCCGUCCUUAUCGUGCCAGGGGACGCACAAGGCCUUACAAGCGCCUUUACAGUCGUUUUAAUCCUUCACGUAUCGCAUGUGGUAACGUUAUCCACGGAAAACUGGAUGCCAUGUCUUAAAAUAACUUGAGAUAGAACAUCAUGAGAAUAAGGCCAUUAAAUCCCUCACCCUUCAUCUUCUCUUGAAAAAGAAAAUGCUAAACUGAAUGGCUUCCAAGAUGUUCGUAUUACCUCAUGCACUCAGUUAGCUAAUAUAUUUACUUAGUUAUUUUGAAAAGUUCCAGUUGUCAGCUAAGUGCUUAAAUAAGAAAUAUAUUCCCGGAGGAACACAUUUCACAAAACAUACUCUCAUCUCUGACAAGCUUGCGAAAAGUCAGAUACCGUCUAAAUUAACCUCGGAAAGGUAUAAUUUUCUAAACAUUAACUGAGCUAAUGGAUCUCUUAAACAUUUUUUCCAUUAAAAUUUCAGUCAACACCCUCUAUUUAUUUUGUGCGCAUCCUAUUUUGGCGAACAAAAACUGUUGUUAAAAUGAAAAUGAACCGAUUUUGAUUAACUUGA